AUGACCUUCACCUACUGGGUCUAUACCCGCUUUCCAGUUCAGACAACGGAAGGGUUUGCCAAGGAUUCGGCGCAGAAUGUCAAGAAGCAAGUCCCAAGAGUUGAUCUAGGAGUCUGGUUGGUGUAUGCUCCACACUACAUUCGGUACCACGAAGAGAUGGGCAUGGCCCUAUACGAGCACCCCUUCCGUUUCACCAACAAUCACUACCAGAAGGAUUCAGCCUGUUUCAAGGACGAGGCUUUGGUGCCGUAUAGGCAGAUCCCUGAGGAGGAGGUGUUGGAUCUGAUUGAUGGCAUGGGCCUUACCUUGGCGGACUUUGAGACAGUGAUACCCUCCAUGGUAUUGGCCGUUGAGCACAUUGAGGGAUACGGCUGA